UUCCGAUCCGAGUCACCCACAAUAAGUCAUUCGAUCCAGUCAUUUCAGCCGUUAUCAGACUGCCCGUUUUGCUUAUUAAUCGAGGGAGAGAAAGAACUAAGAAAAGGACAUCGAUCUCUCUGUCCUCUCCUCUCACAUACGUGAUACGACGCUCGAUCCAAGGGAGAAGAAACAGAAGGGAAAACAAAAGAGGCAGAGUUGUCUGUAUUCAACUUUAGAUGGCAAAUAGAAGUCAGAUUCCCACUUGCAACUCAGCACUAAUUGCCAUGAUUGCUGAUGAGGACACAGUAACUGGAUUCUUGCUGGCUGGUGUGGGAAAUGUUGACUUGCGGAGAAAGACAAACUACCUUAUUGUUGACUCAAAAACAACUGUAAAAGCGAUUGAAGAUGCAUUCAAAGAGUUCACUACAAAGGAGGAUAUAGCUAUUGUGUUGAUUAGCCAAUAUGUUGCGAACAUGAUAAGGUUCCUAGUGGAUAGCUACAACAAACCAGUUCCAGCAAUUCUAGAAAUUCCUUCCAAGGACCAUCCAUAUGAUCCGGCACAGGAUUCAGUUCUUUCGCGAGUGAAGCAUCUCUUCUCUACUGAAUCAGUAGCAUCAGGAAGGCGUUAAAUACAUAUAUAUGCUUCAUACAUGCAGACCGUUAUAUUGUUCUCCAACUUUUAUGCCCAUUACUUGCUUGGACUAUGUAGUAUUUAAUCUCUCUAUAUUUUCUUUUGCCAAUUAUAAAUGCAAAUUGGAUGCCAGUUUUUUUAUGAUAAAUUGAAUAAAUUAUGUUAAAAAUACUGUUUAA